CGCACCGUAAGUCUUGAGGCCAAAGAGUAAAGGAUGGAUUCAGACGUCAAAGACAUUUUUGAGCUGGAGAAGGAGCGGACGGGCUCAAGAGGGGCUGCUUCCUUUAUAAAGAGGCCAUGGGAAGCGUGAAGGAACCAAAGAAGAUGAAGAAGACUGAGUCGAUGAUGAAACGUCCGUCUGGCAUGAACAGAGAGGUGUACGCUCUCCUCUACUCCGACAACAAGACCUCGAAUAGCACGUCCCUUAUUCCAACUGACACUGGGUGUGGCUACAGGCAGCCGAGGGCCAGACUGGGCCGGAAACAGGUCCGACCAUGGAAAUGGAUGCCGUUUCGCCAACCCAGCCAGAUCUGAUAACCUGGUGCUCCACCAUUGGAGGAGGGUGGCAGACGAAGGGAAAGAGUAUCCAUUUGCAAAGUUCAACAAAAGCCUCGAUAUCCCCACCUUCUCUGAGGAAGACUACACUAAAUGUCUGACUGAGCCAGGUUGGUCAAAGGAGGAGACUGAUCAUCUGUUUGACCUGUGCAGAAUGUUUGAUUUACGGUUCAUCAUGGUCCAAGACAGAUUUGACAAGGCCAAGUAUCAGAGCAGGUCUGUGGAGGAACUCAAGGAGCGCUACUUCAGUGUCUGUAACAGACUGGUCAAGGCCAGGGGAGGAGAGGAGGGUGACAUGAUCGCCUUUGAUGCUCCUCACGAAGUCAAGAGAAAGAUGCAGAUGGAGCGACUGUUGGCUCGAACCAAGGAGCAAGUGGAGGAAGAGGAGAUGCUCUGUGCAGAACUGAAAAAGAUAGAGAUGAGGAAGAAGGAGAGGGAGAAGAAACAGCAGGACCUCCAGAAACUCAUUUCAGCUGCCGAGCAGAACACCUCUGAGGCGAAAAAGACUCCGUCGACUAAGAAGUACAGUAUGUCGUCAAAGAAGGCGCGGUCCACAGCCACUCCUAGUCAUUCGAAGUCUGAUGGCUCAGUGGUGUUCAAGUCUUACGACAAGUCCAGUGGAGUAUCCCUGAGGAGCAGCAAAAUGAAGACACCCAUGACACUGGGUCAGAAAAAAACCAAAGCCAUUGACCAGCUUCUGGACGAGCUUGGAGUUGGGCUGAAACCAAUGCCGACUGAGCAAAUCUGUGUCCAGUUCAACGAACUGAGAAAUGACAUCUUAUUGCUGCUGGACCUGAAAGCCGCCUGCGAUGCCUGUGACUUUGAGCUCCAAUCUCUGAAACACAGGUACGAGAAUCUUUCCGAACACCAGCAGGCAAAGAUCUCCAUGCCCGAGGCAACCCCAGCCACCCCUAAAAAGUCUCUUGGCUCAAACAUCUUUGUGCUGGACGCAGUUGCCACAGCAACUGGUGGGAGAAAGCGAAGACUCACAAUUUCAGAGCCCGGGUUAAAGAAAUCGCGAAAGAGUUAGCGAACACAUACACACAACAUACACAGCUACACCCUCAAAUAGUUAUUGUCACAGAAAAGUUGGUAAAAUUAUUUGUGAAAUUUUCCAGUAUUAUACAACGUGUAUAUACAUCAGAGAGAUAAGUCAAUGACAGAGAACACCCAGGGCUAGCCAAUCAAGACAGGCGCUAAUCUGUUUUCUGAGCUCUUCUCUUCUGUGACUUGGCCUGCGUGCCUUCUCGGAAUCCGUUCCGGAACCGUCUCUGGACCACACGAAGAUGCUUCAUUCUCCCUGUGCCCGUUGUGUGCCUUCGCUUAGCCUUCACACUCCAAUUAUACUUUCUUCUCUUGGCGGCGGGGUAGGCGCAGCUAGCACACCUCUUCUUCUGAAUGUGGAAGGCCUUCCUUCCGCAUCGGACGCACAGCGUGUGCGACUUGUUCUGCCGCUUCCCGAAACUUGAGGUUCCCUUUGUCUGCGGACAAGAGCGAGACGCAGAACAAACAAAUGAUCCUCUUUAGCAUCUCUCCGUGGCAUACAGGACAUCGCUGAUCGGCUAAGGGUUGUGAAUGAAAUGGAUACUUUCCACAUGUACGACUCACCAUUGGGGCGGCUUUAUCCGAGAGAGAACCUGGUCACGCAUGCGCAAAAUGUUCGGUCGUGUUGCUACGGUAACAGUAAAAACAAAAUGGCGGCCGCUACGGUCGAAUCUUCGAUGUCUCUCUCUGAGCCCGAAGAAGGCUGUCUGUUAGUUCGAACUUCACUCGACAAAUAUCUUUGCUUCGUGUCGACUUCAGACUACCUUCAGUACCUUAUCAGUCACGGAGACUAUGGUGCCGGGGCUCGUGUGGAGCCGCGCGGACCUGCAGGCACGCAGCUGCAGUUGAGCAAGGCUGCACCCGUUCAGGAUACUCCAGACAAGAGAAAAGAAACGGAUCUAAAGACCUUGGUUACUGAGAGUGAAGGUGUCAGCCUCAAAACUGCUGUACUGAGUGGCAAGAUCAGUUUGGUCAAAAGUCUGGUCAGGCAGUCCUCUCCCACUACACUGGACUCCACUGACGAACAGGGACUCACUCUUCUUCUGCAUGCAGCUCUCACCGGAGCACAUGAAAUCGCAGCAACACUACUCAAAGCCGGAGCAUCUCCGGAUGUCCCUCACUCUACUUCAGGAGCCACCCCUCUCUCCCUGGCCUGUCUGCAAGGACACAGUGAGGUCACCAAACUUCUCCUCAAACAUAGAGCCAACCUCUCUCCCGACGUCCGCGGCUGCUCACCACUCCACGCCGCUGCCUGGGGUGGCUCGGGGAAGAUUGUCAAGUCCCUCCUCUCUCACAAACCGUCUCUGGUGGCCGAGAGAGACAGUGAUGGGAGGACUCCUCUCCAUCUGGCUGCAGCUAAAGGAGAUGUGACAGUGUGUCAGCUACUGAUGAAGAAAGGAGGCCAGCUGACUGAGACAGACAGCUGCGGUAGAACUCCUCUCCACUGGGCCAUUCUCUCACAACAGCUGCCUAGUGUGGAGCACCUUCUCGCCUCCAGUUCUGGUGCAGGCCUGUUGUGUAAUCAACCAGACUCCCAGGGGGCAACCCCUGUUCAUUAUGCCGCCAUGACUGGCCAGUGUAGCUUGCUGACGGCUCUACUGAACAAGGGUGCCAGUGCAGAUGUCACAGAUGCCAGAGGCUACUCUCCACUCUUUUGGGCCUGUGCAUGUGGCCACGUGGACGCUGCCAGGCAAUUAAUCAAGCUAACAACUAGGAGCACCCCCAAUAAAGAGGCCAGCCAAGCCGAGUGUGAGCAGGGAACAGUGGAAGAGGAAGAUAUCCGGGCAGAUGAGGGUGGUCGGUGUCUCCGCGUGGCCUGUGCUGUUGGAUCAAUAGACGUCUCCCAGCUCCUCCUACAGACCUCUCCCUCUCUGGUGAGUGAGAGGGACGAGGAAGGGAGGACGGCUCUGCACACUGCCAGCCACCACGGCCACACCAACUGUCUGGAUGAGCUGAUAAAGGCAGGGGCCUCCCCCAAUAUUGCCACGUUCACUGACAAGAGGACAAGUCUCCAUGUGGCCAGUGAGAGAGGCCAGUGUGAAGCUGUGGCCCGUCUCCUAGCUGCUGGGGCCAACCUCAACCGCUCCACCCACCCUCACGGAGAGAGACCCAUCCAUCUAGCGGCUCAAAGAGGACACUCCUCUAUUAUCAUUGAACUAUUGAGGAGGGGGUGUGUUCCUGACAUUGACAGGGCUAAAGAUGGUCAAACAGCUCUAAUGCUAGCAGCGGAUGCUGGUCACAUGCAGUGCUGUAGAUUGCUCAUAGAGGCAGGGGCUGACCCCUCACUCACAGAGACAGCAGCCCAGAGUCGCACAGCACUGGACUUGGCAAUGGCUGGGGGACACAGAGAGGUUGCUGAUUACCUCAUCAGUGUGGGGGCCCCCUCACGAGGGGGGAAAUUCCAUCGAGCGGCCGUCACAAUUCAGGCUGUCUGGAGACUACACAGACACAGAAGGAGAGAGAGGUCGAGAAGAGAGUGGAGUGCGGCAGUGAUCCAGAGAGGGGUGAGGAGGUGGAGGAGGAGAAGGAGGGCGGGGAGAGUGAGGGAGAGGAGAGAGAGGGCCAGGUACAGAGCUGCAGCCGUCAUCCAGAGCCACUGGCGACAGUACAUGGAGGGAAGGAGACGAUACGAGGCUACUUGUGCCCGCCUCAGAGCAAGGCUACACCAAGAGCAUCUGGCAGCAAGUUCCUGUUGGACGAACUGCAGGCACAGUCUCAGAGCAUUCGCCUUCCUUCUGCCGUCUCCCCACGGGCUCCCACACGAUCCCCACACAAAGCCUCAGCUACUCCAGGCUACCUGCUACAAGCAUCUGCUCCCCUCCCCACUUCUCGGAUCACUUCUGCAGAUCUCUUCUUCCCCACCCACCACCGAAAGUCCAUCUCCGUUCCAGUCGUGAGGCCUCGUAAACCCCUCACCCACUCCCCUCGUCACAAUCUCCCUCCACCACCCUCACAAACUCCUCCUUCACACCCUCCCCAGCCUCUAAAAUCGCCUGCGAUGGAGAACACACGAGAAGGAACUGGACUCCCCAACAUAUCACCACGACAGCCUCCGGUGAAUAGUUCUACUGGUAGACAAACUGUGGUUGUGAGAAGAGGAAGAAAACUCGGUGGUUCACAGAAGAAAGAAGUGGGUACUAGGACGAGCAAGUCAGUCAGUGAAAGAGCUGGUGACAGUCUGCCUGUCAUCCCAGUAGCUAGCAGCGGUUUGAGAACACAACCAUCAGGUGGUGGAGAAGAGACAGACAAGGGGGUUUGUAAUGGGAGUGCUGUUGAAGAACUCCCUCCUCUGCCUGCAACACCAUCACUGGUAUCUCCACCACUCUCCCUCAUUUCACCACCCUCACACAUUUCACCUCUUCCUCCAACUUCGCUCGUUCCACCGUCACCUCUUCAACACACCUCACCUCCUCAACACACACCGUCGCCUACAGAGCCAGUUCGACAAAUCGAGACACUGUCACACAAAGCAGAGAGACCUACAACUCCCUCACUUUCUCGAGAGAAUGAGAUUGAUAUUCAAGAGACUCUGUUGAAAGUUAAGUUUGAGACCAAGAACGAGAGCCAACUUGAUAAGAAAGAGGAGGAGACUCAUAACAAAGAGGAGGAGGAGGAGAAAGUGUCUGAGAAGCCAGAAGGAUCUCGGAAUGGAGCUGAAUCUCGCCGCUACCUGAAGCAGACUAUGUUCAGAGCUGCUAUUGUUGGUCAACAGCAGCAGCAGAGUGUUGGGGGAGAGUGUGCGGAGGAAGAUACCACACUUGACAACAGACUACUGGGGCCGAUUCAGAGGUACGAUCGACUGAACACGGUGCUUGCUCUCCUGAAGAGGGUCCAGGGAGGGGAGAUGGAGGGGGAGGAGGAGGGGCUGCGUCUGACGGACCUCCGACAGCACAUACAGUCUGCUCUGGACGAGGCAGUCAGACUCAGAGCUGACACCGAGUCACUCCAACACUCUGCCAAGGUACGUGUGUAUAUAUGUGGUGAUAUGAUAGUGUAGCCCCUUAAUCUGUACAUCAAUAAUUGGGGCAGAAGAAAGUGGCCAAUGCAAGAACCAUUCUUGGGGAAAGGAAAGGUGCUCUUAUUACACAGGUGUCCUUAUU